AAGCACCACACGUGCAGAUGAUAUGCUCAAUCUUCUUUAAAUACUUCAGCCUCUCUACUGCACUAUUUGAAUUAUUCUCCUCACAUUUAACAAAAAUGUCAUACAAAAUCCAACCCGUUUCAAAACCCGUCUUAUUCGGAGAAUCUCCGCUCUGGGAUAAUCGCCGACAACAAUUAAUUUUCACGAAUUGCUUCGGCAAAUCCGUCUCAAUAUUUGAUCCACUUUCUGGAGAAACUGCAUCAAAAGAAGUCAAACUAGAGAAUGGAGAAAUUGCUUGGAUUGGGGUAUCCAUGCCGUAUUCAUCGUCCACUACGAAAUUUUUAGUCUCCUUAUCAACCGGAAGUAUGGUCGAAUUUGAUUGGGACUUGGGCCAAGUGACCAAAAUACUGUACACGUUGGACGAGGGAGACAUAAAGGCAACUUUGGAGGAUGGCAAAUGCGACUCGCAGGGCAGAUAUUGGACAGGAAUUGCGAAAUUUGAGGAUAUGGGUUCAUUACAAGUGAAUGAAGGAAAUGGGAACAUUUUUAGCCUCUCCGCAAAGCAUGACGGGUUCCUGGACAAUAAAUUAGCCGCAGGGAACUACGAUGUUCCAAAUGGUCUGGGAUGGAACAAAGAGGGGACAAAGCUCUUUUGGAAUGAUUUGACUCGAAGGGUGACAAACGUGUUCGAUUUUGAUGUCCAGUCAGGACAAUUGUCAAAUAGGAAGGUAUUGCUGGAUUAUAAAAACUACCCUCAACUUGAGGGUUCUUUUCCCGACGGAUUGUGCACCGAUGUCAAUGGAAAUGUCUGGAUUGCUAAUUGGAAAGGAAAAAGCGUGAUCAAAGUUGAUGGAGAAACGGGUAUACUUGUGGACACAAUUACUAUUCCGACGACGAACGUAACCUCCCUCUGCUUUGGUGGACCUAACUAUGAUUCAAUGUAUGUAACCACGACGUCAAUAAAUUUGGACUUGACCACCGUUCAAGGGGAACCCGAUGCGGGAAAAUUGAUUAGAAUUCAAAAUCCACGGGACAAUUGCUUUAAAGGGGUGCAAGAGAGUUUUUUUGCUUUAUGAAGGAUACCAGCGAUCUAAUAAAUAUUUCAAAACAAUGGUAAAGGUUAGCUAAAAGAUGUGCAUUUCGAAAAGUUGAAUAUAUGUAAAUUGACAUGCAAUAUGAAAUUAAUUUCAUGUAAUAAUUAAUUUCCUUACAACGUAGCUAUAAUACAUAAAUAUGUAGUUAGAUUGAUUUUAAGUACGUGGAUGCACGUCAUUUAUGUAUAUAAAGUAAGUAUGCAAAAUACCUACAGUGUGAAAAUUUUAAGUUGUUUUAAGUUACAUCAUUUUUUGCAUCUUGCAUGUUUACGUACAUAGAUAAAAAAUAAAUGAAACAAUCAAAUUUAUUAUGUAUCAAAAUUUUAUUAUUCGACAUGAAUUAGAAUUAUUGUAACAGACCAGAUUAAGAAAGUAAUUUGUUUAAUAAAACAAUAGACGGUGUAACGGCUAUGUAAA